AAAACGACACCAUUUGAACACCCGAAAUCACAGCUUUUCCGUGGAGACUCGAAUUAACAUAUACAGUAUCAGUGACACACUGACACUGUCGAGUCGUGUUUUUACUUUUUAGAAGAGGCGGAAACGGUGACCGCCACGCCAGGGCAGCUAAAGUGACAGCAUUCCCCCAAAAUGAGGGGCAAAUCGUCACCGUCGACGCUGACUCCACUGCAAAUGCUGAGCCCACCCGAACCGAAAUCAGAUACUGCCAAAAGGGAAUUGCAGAUUGUCUCCACGUCACCCUUCAGACUUCCCGAUGAUUGGUUCGUUGAGUUUAAGACCCGUCGCAAUAACACCGCCUCCCCUGGCCGUGUCAACAAGUAUUAUCAUGAGCCUGGGACUGGACGGAUGUUUCGUUCUCUGAUAGCUGUUAAGAGAUAUCUAACAGAAGAGAAUCAAUACACACCUACACCUGAGACAGUGAAAGCAGGAAAUGAAAAUACUAUGCAAAUCGUGGUCUGCACCAUCAAGAGCACCUCACACUUUAGGCUGCCUGAUGAUUGGGUCAUUGAAGAAAAGCCCCCUAGCAAUGCCAACUAUGCUGGUAUCAUUGACAAGGUACUUUUAUGUAUGUAUUAAUGUACACUUAUUUAUCUAUAAGGUAAAUGAUAUGCUUUAUGUCUUAGCAAAAUGCUUUAUAUAUAUGUUAUAAUUUUGUUACUACAGAAUUCUGGAUAUGGGUUAAUUUUUGGUCACUUCACUUUUCACUGACCUUAUAUGACCAUUUGAGGGGAAUUUAG